CAGGCAUAACAGGGGCGAACGACGUUCCGGUGUAAGCACGAACGGCAAUUCAGUCACACCAACGUCUUUAGUUUGACUUGCUGAAAAUCUCAAUUCGUCCUCGGUACAUUCUGAUCGUCCAUAAAAGCCUUCUAUUUCCAUCUUUGUGCUCAUCCAGUUACCACGAGGACUGAGUUUCCCGAAUCAAGCAGUUGUCUUGAAAUCCUCACACGCACAGCGCCGGCCAACAUGGACUUUCCUAUUCCCAGCAUCCGCCUGUCAAGAUACUCGUUGUUCCUAUCUGGGGUAAUUCCCAGACCUCAGCAAGAAAAAAAUGGGCGCCUUCGCGGCAAACCAGCCAAAUUAUCUACUCGAAACGACGAGGGUGAUGUGGUCACCGUGCCUCUGACAGCCCUCCCAUAUAUCCCAGAAAAGGAAGAUAUCGUCUCAUUCUUGGAUGAAUGGCAACAGUGUGCAAGCGACCUUCGGAAACAUCUAAUAUACCUAACUAGGAGGAACAACCCAUGCUGCCCUGCGAUGAGACGGCUUCAAUGGACGUGUGAACAAGUUUCGUGCCGCUGGGAAGCGUGUUUCCGACAUGCAUGUCCUGGCCUGGAAAGCCCCGUGGAGUCGAACAUGGCUCUGCCGGAUCUGAGAUCGUCGAUUUGGGAUGUGUUUCUUGAAGAAGGCGCCUUCGAAGCAACUGCUGAUUAGAUGGAGUGGUAUAUGGCUCAUAGAAU